AGAAAGUAAAAAAAAAACACUUUUGCAGGUGUGAAUGAAACUACAUAUGAUGAUAAAAUAAUGAAAGCAACUUAAAUCAUAUCCCUUUUGAUUAUAUAGCUUAAAUAGAGAUGAUGUUCAAAUUGAAUACACUUUAGUUUCUUCAAAUGAAAAAACAAGGAGGCCCCAACUUGCAUCAAUCUAACCAAAGAAAAAAGAAAGUUGGUCACAAAAGUGGUAGUGCAGGCAAGGACAAUGGAACAAAUAGGAGUAAUACUAAGAAUGACCAUACUGCCCUUACAUAUUUCAAGUCUGUUGUCAAGGUAUGUGGAAGCCUUUUUACAUUGUUUCUUCCUGGGAAUACAAAAACAACCUCAGAAGCUGCUGAAAAUAAUUCCACAAGGAACAAAGUUAGAGGAGUAUCAUCUUCAACAGAUGUAUCAUCUGAUAGUUCUAAGAGUUCAUCAAAAUGGAAAUCUUCUCAAUCCUCAGCAGCAUCAUCUAGCACUUCAAGUAUUCAGCUUGGAAUGGGAAACUUUACCUUUGAGGAAAUUUACAAGGCAACAGCAAAAUUCUCUGUAGAUAAUAAGAUUGGUGAAGGAGGGUUUGGAAUAGUAUACAAGGGAAAGCUUUCUGAUGGAUCCCUUGUGGCUGUCAAGUGUGCCAGUAAGGAUGUACAUAAGAAGCACUUGGCUGAGUUCAAGAAUGAGAUAAACACCUUGUCAAAAAUUGAGCAUUUGAAUCUUGUGAGGUGGUAUGGAUAUUUGGAGCAUGGAGAUGAAAAGAUUAUUGUUAUUGAAUAUGUUAAUAAUGGAACUCUUAGGGAACAUCUAGAUGGUGUAAGGGGAAAUGGACUAGAAAUUGGUGAACGUCUAGACAUAGCAAUUGAUGUAGCUCAUGCAAUUACAUAUCUUCACAUGUACACAGAUCAUCCAAUUAUUCACAGAGACAUAAAAGCAUCAAACAUCUUAAUAACUGACAAAUUGAGGGCCAAAGUGUCAGACUUUGGUUUUGCUAGGUUGGGAUCAGAAGACCCUAAUGCAACUCAUAUCUCAACUCAAGUUAAAGGAACAGCUGGUUACUUGGAUCCUGAUUACAUGAGAACAAGACACCUCUCUGAAAAGAGUGAUGUUUAUUCCUUUGGUGUUUUACUUGUUGAAAUGAUGACAGGAAGACAUCCAAUUGAACCAAAGAGACACCUCAGUGAGAGAGUUACAAUUAAAUGGGCAAUGCAGUUGUUGAAACAAGGAGAAGCUGUGAUUGCAAUGGAUCCAAGGCUUCAGAGAAGUUCAGCCUCAAACAAAGCUGUACAAAAGGUUCUCAAUCUUGCUUUCCAAUGCCUUGCACCGGUGAAACGAUUGCGGCCAUCGAUGAAGAAUUGUGCAGAGGUUUUAUGGGAAAUUAGAAAAGAUUAUAGAGACAGAGUCUUUUCUCAUCCUCCUCCUGUUUCUCACCAUUCAGCAGAUUUUCCUCAGAGAGAUUCUAGGAAGAAUAGACAUAAGUCAUAUGGUAUAAAUAAUAACAAUAAAUUUGUCUCAGCAUAAUCAAAUUCAUUUUUGAAAUGGCUAAUACAAUACAACGUUUUUUUUAUAGACAAAUGUUGUUAUGUUAGUAGCCAGGUUUCGAACACCGGACCUUAUUCUCAAACUUCUUCGAGUGUCUCAGUUCAUCCACUUGAACUACAACUGAGAUUACAACACAAUUCUUAUUUGUAUCAUGUUCAUUACUUGCAUCUAUUAGUUUGAUGAAGUUAUUUAUUUAUUUAUUUAUUUAUUUACCAUUUCCAUUUUGAAAUUUUCAAUGUUUUGGAUUGUUGAGAGUUGAAAGUAUGCUUUGGUGGCCUAACUGAUGUGAGAUUGUGCAUAGAAGGGAAGUCACACACACUUAUUGAUUUUAGUGUGGAAGUUUUAGUCUUCUGCUUUUGACUAUA